CCCCUGUAUUCGAAAAGAGCCUUUCCUCCUCUGUGUGAAGAGGGAGAUAGUGCUUUCUAUUAUUUCAAAGCUGGGAAAGCUGAGAAUUAAGGUCUCAGACUUGGAGGGAGGCAGAUACCGCAAACUAACGGUCCUUUGGAGGUGUUAAUAUGCCCUAAGACUGGCAAUGGUCUAGGCCUGUGUUUCCUUUUAUGAGUCAGUAUUCCUGCCUCUUAAUGAACUGCAUCAAUGAAAAAGGUAGCCAGUUACCUCUUAGAUACAAACAAGUACAGCUGAUCUCACUCAACCAUUCCUAAACUUCUUUGCUUGCUCAGAAAAAAAGAUUUUCCCCAAUGGCUCUUUUGGAGUUCUAUUAGUUUGUCUCAUUCAAUUUUAGUCUUACUGCUUCUUAUUGAAGGCUGUAUGUAAUGGGUCCACGUAGGGAAAUUCUCAAUGCCACUUUACUUUAGACUAUCUCUGUUCUAAUUUUCUUCUCCUCUCUUUGCUAAUUUAGGGCACUAUGAUAUUCCCUGUGCUAAGAUCUGUCCUAUACGACAGCAAGGAGUUUCCAAAUCCAGAACAAUUUGACCCAGGCCAUUUCUUAAAUGCAAAUGGUACCUUUAAAAAGAGUGACUACUUCAUGCCAUUUUCUGCAGGAAAACGCAUCUGUGCAGGAGAAGGUCUGGCACGGAUGGAGCUCUUCAUAUUUUUUGCAGCCAUCCUGCAGAAUUUUACUUUGAAACCUGUUAAGGAUCGCAAGGACAUUGACAUUUCCCCAAUAAUCAGCAGUCUUGCAAAUAUGCCCCGACUUUACGAGGUCUCUUUUCUUCCACGUUAGACAAGUAAAGACAGCUUAGACACUCAGACUGUUUGCUAGAUUCUUUAUCAAGAUAACUGUCAUACUAAAAAGAAGAAAAUGUUUGUAUGUAUCCAUCUCUAAACAGAGUAGGUGGUUGCACAGGGGAGGAGAGAGCUCCCUAGGGCAAAACUAUACAGGCUUUCCUCCACGCCCACCUCACCUAACCCAGCUCCCUAUGUGGUUCCUGACAUCCUGACAUGGCAGGGUAUGUGAGCUGGUGCUCCGAGAGCCCUGCUUCUGCUGCCUGUACCACCUGAUCCUCUCAGUACAGCAGGAA